AUGCGCAAGCACAACCCAACCCUCUACACCCUCUCCGAACGCGACAGUGACGACAUAAACGACGACGACGAGAACGUUUCCUGGCAACAUGAAGAACACGACCCAGUUCCAGGCCCUUCCAAUGUAUCGGCCUCGUCCAACCUGAACAGAAGUGUGCGAUCUUCACUCAAAGGACGCCAGUCAUCUCAUUCGAAGGUACCAACGAACGUCAAUACCAAGCAAGACAUUUACUCUCAAUUCGUCAAGAGAUACCGUACGAAGGAACAUCGCUACGUUGACGAGAUGGAGGAUUUCCGGAGCGAUCCAGACAGCCACUACUAUCACAAAGGACUCGGCCAGCUCGUCGACGUUGGGGAUGCCAGUGACGACGAAGAUUAUAUGUCUUUGAUUGGAGGAAACGACGGUAUCAUCGAGGGUUCAAUGGACGAGAUGGCUCAUCCAGUGACGGAGAAGGACCAACGGCGGUUGGAGUGGCAAAGCUUGCUUAGCUCCGUGCUCUCAGGGGAGGUUCUGAAGUCGGAGAAAACGCGCUUAGCCGUCGCCUUGGACUCAUUUGGGGACGAACAGAACAACUUCAAUAUGAACAUAUGGUUGGGGAUUCGCGCCAAAUUCCAUGGCCGCAGUAUAGAGGAGGAGAAGCGGAAGCUCGACGAAAAGAGAAUACGGAUAGUAGACGGUGUCAUCGACGAAAUCAUGAAUUUCCGCGUCGUUCAAGACGAAGCAGCACCGACAAACUCAGCCAUGAAGCAAGUAACGAACAUACUCCAUCGACUGGAUGUGGCCCAAUCACUGUACCCCCAUCUCAAAGCAUUCUACCUCGACAAGCCCAAGGCACAAGAGGGACCAUUCCAAGCGCGCUGCGACGCUCUCAACACCUGGUUCACUAUCCUCUCUUCCCUCAAACGUCAUCUCACUCGACUUCGUCGAUGGACGGGGAGCGAUUCCCUGGACGUCAAUCAUCCCAACCCGAACUCUGAGAUAACGGUCACCUCUCAGGGAUCCGUAGAACAUCCGGACGGGACCUCUUUUGUCGAGCGAUUGUUGAAGGAGGAGUCCAUGCAGCGCACCUUCGAGAAAGGUUUCCUGGUCACAGUCCAUGCUUUUUUGGGCACUGUUCGCGACGCCCACGUCAACCUUGCUGCUCAACUAAAGGAGAUGAACCUGCCGACAUUUGAAAACGAGUUGGUGCCCUUAAUCUCCUUUCCAACGAAGUUGGCGCAAGCUAGCCUUCGGCUGCGGCUCGAUUAUGUCGGUAAACUAGAGCCGGACGUCGACGUCCUCAUCAUUGACCAAAUGACAGAGGACUUGAAACUCAACAUCGGCCUUGCCUGUACUUUGAAACGACAAUAUCAAGCCUUCCUGGCCCCGGAUCCAGACGGAAAUUGGGCAUUACCUCCAUGUAUCAGCGAGGAUUACGACAGCACCAUUUUGGAAGCAUUGACCCAGUUUUUUAAGCUGCUACAUUGGAAGCUUAAGAGCGGGGUCAAAGGGAUAUACCUGAAGGAGACCGACGUCCUCGAAGCGCAAUGGGCCACCUAUAACGAUGUGAGUCUUACCGCGGGUGGUUCAAGUCUGGUCGCGGAACACCUAUGCUCAUUAACCAACAAACUGAUGGUUCGAGUCACGAAUUACUUCGACACGCAAGUCCGUGUACCGCUGUCAGAUAAGCAGUCUGGAAACCAGUCAAACGGUGGCCCCGUUACAUCCAGUGCCCCCUCGAGCAACAGCGGAAAAGCAUCAUCGGACGCUACCACUUCCGGCCAAAGGUUGACAGAUGGUCAGAUCAUCAAUUGGUACAGUAAGAUCCUUGACGGUGUCCGUCUUCGCUACAGGAAAUUGCAGCGCUUCGCCAGGGUUCUUACACAACGCUUCAGUAACUCAGCGGAGUACAGCAUCGACGAUGUCGCGAUGGACCAUUUGAUAAAUCUCCUUGUCCUAACCGACCACUUCCUUGUUUACACCCAAACGAUGGAAGAGGAGAGCAUCUACAUCGUUGCCUCAGGCUCCCUGUACGACCGGCCCGACCUCAUUCGAAGGAUCCUCGUGGAAGCGUUCCACGUGGACGAAAUCGCCAGCGAGGAGGGAGGGGUACGGGCUGUCAGCGCAGACUACCUCCUACACGAUUCCGAUGAAGUCGGCUAUCUUCUCGUUCUCACCCCCCAUACGCCGUUCAUUUGGCAUGGCAGGGUCAUGUUUGUCCCUGUCCCCAAUAUUUCCCUAGAUCUGAAAGAAGGUCGAAUCCGCCUCAUUGCCGACGGUUCAUACGGUCGCCUAAACUACGCGAAGCAGGUGUUUAGUGAUUGCAUGGAGUUGGUCGAGGGAGACGAUGACAACAGCGGGGUUGAGCCCUUGUACCUGACAUGCUUGGUGGAGACUCAGGCACACCUUCCUUCCGUCAAUCGGGAAUUGCGAAAGAUCGUUCGAGCAACCAAUCGCCUCGCGGAAUCCAUCGUCGACUCGGUACACCAUGUCAAGAGGUCACUUCGCGGCGCUUCAAACUCGCAAGACCUUCUAGGCAAUUGGUAUCUGUUCGCAUCAGAGCAUGGUGCCCAUGCCCAUAGGUACAUGGAGAAAUCGUCCCUCGCUCGUUUCAACCGCCUUUUGGUGAAACUCGCAGUUUCAUGGGCUUCGUUCAUUUGCGAUGACUGCGACCCCACAGACCGGAAGACUUUCAAAUGGACGGUGAAUUCCUUGGAGUUCAUCAUGCAGCGGACCAAGCGGAACAUUCUCCAUAUCCCCGACGACCAGUUCGAGUUGCUCAAGGCGAAGGUUGGUCACUGUAUGUCACUGUUGAUAAACCAUUUCGACAUCCUUGGAGCCCGUUCCAACAUGGAGGCGAAGAUGGAGAAAGAGAAGCAGGAGAUGCUACUUCGAUCGAAGGUCGUCGACUCUCGCUUGGAUGAAGAAGACUUCCCGCCUUGCCCUAGCGGUGAAGAAGGCAGUUGGUACCUGGAUGGCAGCACGCGGAAAUUUUGGGACAGGGUAUCAAAGGCGUUGCAAGAGCUCGAGGAACGAACGGUUGUUAUCCCGCAGUACAGGGGCAAGGUCCUUGACGACGAGAAGCUCGAAGACCGAUCGCUUGUCUUCCUAGCCUCCUCCAGUUCCAACAUCUCUAUUCGGUGGCAACAAGGUCGGUUCAUCGGUGCGGGCGCUUUUGGCUCUGUAUACCUGGCCAUGAACCUCGACUCCGGCUCACUCAUGGCCGUCAAAGAGAUCAAGUUCCAGGAACUAUCUGGUCUCCCCAACCUUUACGCUCAGAUCAAGGACGAGCUUAGCGUGAUGGAAAUGCUGCAUCACCCCAAUGUUGUCGAAUAUUACGGGAUCGAAGUCCAUCGAGACAAGGUCUACAUCUUCGAGGAGUAUUGCCAAGGGGGAAGUUUGGCCGCGUUGUUGGAGCAUGGACGCAUCGAGGAUGAGCGAAUUCUCCAGCUGUACACAGUGCAGAUGUUGGACGGUUUGUCGUACCUGCAUUCACAAGGGAUCGUGCAUCGUGAUAUCAAACCCGACAACAUCCUGCUGGACCAGCUGGGCCGGAUCAAAUUUGUCGAUUUCGGAGCUGCAAAGAUUCUUGCAAAGAACCAGCACACUUUGCAACGAUCUCGAAGGAGCACGGACGCUGCCUUCAACGCUGCGAAUGGAAUUGGCGUGAUGAGCAAUGGGCUGACCGGCACUCCGAUGUAUAUGUCGCCAGAGAUGAUCAAGAACGACAGGCGAGGGCGUCACGGUGCUACAGAUAUCUGGUCACUUGGUUGUGUCAUUCUGCAGUGUGCUACCGGAAGGAAGCCGUGGAGUAACCUCGACAACGAAUGGGCUAUCAUGUUCCACAUUGGUGUUUCCACUCAACAUCCUCCAUUGCCAGAGCCGGGACAGUUAAGCCCUUUGGGAAUCGACUUCAUCAAGCAAUGUUUGACCAUCGACCCCACCUUCCGUCCAAGCGCGAAGGAGUUGAUGGACCAUCCAUGGAUGCUUGAUCUCCAGGCAGCGCUAGAAGACGAUGGUUUGGAGAUCGCGACGAGUCCUCGACCAGACACACAAUCAGAGUGCUCCGGCGACUCAAGUACUACGUAUGGAUCUUUGGCAGUUCCAACAGAAACAAACAGCAAUGGCUCAUGA